AUGGGAAAAGAUGGAAGUCCCAUUCAACGAGGUCUACGGCAUAUCCAGGAUAUAUUAUUAUUAUUAUUAUUAUUAUUAUUAUUAUUAUUAUUAUUAUUAUUAUUAUUAUUAUUAUUAUUAUUAUUAUUAUUAUUAUUAUUAUUAUUAUUAUUAUUAUUAUUAUUAUUAUUAUUAUUAUUAUUAUUAUUAUUAUUAUUAUUAUUAUUAUUAUUAUUAUUAUUAUUAUUAUUAUUAUUAUUAUUAUUACUAUUAUUAUUACUAUUAUUAUUAUUAGAUAUUAGUUAA